UUUUUCAAAAUGUUGUCACUCUUGUCGAACUCGAUGAUCUUCCCAUAUGGGCGGCUAGUUUGUGAGAGAAAGAAAGCACUACAAAGUCGUAUACUACCUGUUAGUGCAAGAGAGAAGGGAAGAAGAAUGUUUAUUGUGGGUCUGUUGAAAAAUGCGAUGAGAGAUCAACUUUGUGUAUGGGAACGUCAAGCCCAGGCAAAAAGGAUUUUAGUUUCUCUCGAGUCGUCAUCCAGUUCAGCAGCACUUCUUGCAACCGGUCACUGUGGGAAAAGAAUUUAACAAGUUCACCCCAUGGAUUUUUUGGACAUCACUCGAUGAUCGUGUGAGAUUGUUUUAUUGUGCAAAGAAAUUUCUCCGAAAGGUGAAAUUUAAUAAAAAAUAAAAAAAUAAUAAUUUUGGUGGUUAAAAAGUGUUUUGUGAAAAAGGAUAUAACAAUGAUGCCGAUACAGGAUGACUUGGAUAAAUGCAAUAACAAUGGUGGCAAUGAUGGACACAGUGGAACAAGUGGCAAUAGUUCUAAUACAGAUGGGGGUCACAAUCAGCACAUUGGAGUACAGAGUAGCUCGGCAGUAACACCUACACCCACCAUGACCAAGGCAGAAUUGAGAAAAAGUAACAAACCGAUAAUGGAGAAGAAGCGUCGUGCGAGGAUCAAUCACUGCCUGAAUGAGCUCAAGACGCUGAUUUUGGAAGCAAUGAAGAAAGAUCCUGCACGUCACACGAAGCUCGAAAAGGCAGACAUCUUGGAAAUGACAGUGAAGCAUUUGCAGACAAUUCAGCGUCAGCAAUUUGCAAUGGCUGUCAAUACAGAUCCAACCGUUAUUCACAAGUUCAAAUCGGGAUUUACGGAUUGCGCUGAAGAAGUGACACGAUAUGUCAAUCAAAUGGAUGGCCUAGAUUCUGGGGUAAAACAACGUCUUGCCAACCAUCUCAACAACUGUGUCAGCAACAUCCAACAACUGGCUCCUCCGUUGAGUUUUCCUCAGCCCCCUACCGGAGUCGGUUUGUCUGCCUUCCCGGGUAGUAUCCCAAUGCAUGGAACGGGUAGUUCUAGUUCAGUCAUUCCUAUGCCUCAGGAUGUCAAUAACAAUGGAAGGAUUCAGAUGGGUGGGGUUCAGUUGAUCCCAUCGAGAUUACCGACCGGAGAAUUGGCUUUAGUUAUGCCCAACAGCAGUAAUUUGUCAUUCUUCCCAAGUGCCAGUCCCUUUAGUACACCAGCUCCACCUCCUCCCAGCAAUUUGGACUUAGGGGCAGCCUAUGCUCGUAGUAGUGCUUUUAGCAGUGUCUCGAGACCAGCAGCCACUCGCCAUAGUCCUCCGCUUAGUCCUGUAUCUUCCAUUUCGAGUUGUGGCGAAGAUUCACAUCAUUCCUCAGAUUAUCAGAAUUCCACAGCAUCACCGCCACUUGUGCCAAGUUGUUCUGCUGCGACACUUCCAUCUAACCUACAACAACCCCAGGUUUCCUCUACAACGGAAACGCAACGAGCUAGAUUGGAAUCUAAACCUGACAUUCACUAUGUCAACAAGAAGAGACCAUAUCCAUUUGAAGUCUCUGAAAGCACGGCUUCCAAGUAUGAGAUUAGUGCAAAGGCCAUUAAGUUAGAGGCCAGAGGUGAGCCUGGUCCUAAUUUCGAUCACAAUCAGAAUUCUGCCCAAAAUGGCAAUACUUCUGCCGAUAUGUGGAGACCUUGGUGACUAAAGAAGUUUGGGUAAUUCCUCAUUUGUACUGUGAUUGGCCCCAAUUUUUAAGCUGUAAGAUUUCAAUAAGUUUUUAGUUGAGGUGUACUUAAGUUUAUUAUGAAUGUUAUUUUGUAAGAAAUACAUUAUAUUGAUCUCAGCCUCUGUUUUGUGUUUAUAUGAGUGUUAAGUGAAUAAAAUUUUGCAAUUUAAAAAUUUAA